UCAACCAAAAAUUGAAUUUGUUUCAAUCUACUGUACAAAUGGUGAGAUACUGUCAAGGAAACGUAUUCCUUAGGUACAGUGAGAUACAAAAAAAUAAAUGGUUAGACUGUUUUUCAAACUACAAAAUGGUGAGAUUCAGAAUGGAAAUCAUUUUUGGGUUCCUUCUACCGGUCACUGACUGUCUAGGAUAUGACGUCUGGGUGUAUACGCUAAAGAACUUGAACAUGAAACUCAGUGCUCACCACUUCCUGUAGUGUCUCAUUUUAAACAGACAGUGAUGUCGGUGACUCAGCUGAAAACCAACAAACAGACACAACAGAAGAGUGACAUUUAAAGUAAGGUUCUCAUUUCUAUUAAAAACAAGGUUGAUAGGUAUUGUACUAAUAUCGCUGCAGUACACUUUUUUAUGUUUUGCUGGCUCGCCUCAGUUUUCUAAACUGAUCAAAUUUGCAUGGCCUAACCACAUGGGGAUUUAUACAUUUUUUGUCAUAGGUGCAUUUUGUGUUAGACUUCCUAUUCCCCAAUUUAUGAUUACGCUUCCCACAAACUCCACUGAUGACAUUUACAUUACAUUUACAUGACGCCCUCCCUAAGUGCGUCAUCAACGAUCAGAUGGAGCCUUCCAGCGUGCUCUACAUCCUGGUCUUUCUCACCAGCAUGGCUGCCAACCUGGUAGCUCUGUGGGUGUUCGUACACAGCUACAACGCCAUGAAGAGCAUCAAUGUCUACCUGGUCAAUCUCCUGAACGUUGACCUCCUGCUCACCCUGGCCCUGCCCUUCAAGGUGGCCAAAGACCUGGGUGUGGCGCCCUGGGGCCUCAUGGUCUUCCACUGCCAGGUGAGCGCCGUGGUAAUCUACAUCAGCAUGUAUGCGUCCAUCUUCUUCCUCACCUUCGUCAGCGUUGACUGCUACAUGCAGAUCAGCCAGAGCUCCAGACUGUUCCGUAUCCAGGAAGUGGGCUUCGCCAGGCUGAUGUCAGUGGGGGUGUGGCUACUUGUGCUCCUCAUCAUGGUUCCCAACAUGGCCCUGCCCAUCCAGGACGUCCCAGAGAGGGAGUUCCUGAGCUGCUCCAAGCUGAAGCAGAAGGUGGGACUCCCCUGGCACGGCCUCGCCGUCUUCCUCUGUACCAUCCUGUUCCUCUACGCGUCCAUGGCUGUCCUCGUCUCCAACGGUCUGGUGCUGAAGAGGCUGCUGGCGAGCAGGAAUGACCCUGAAGAGUGGCAACGUGCUCUCCGCGCCACCGUCAAUGUUGCGGCGGUGACGGCAGCGUAUGUGGCAUGCUUCGUGCCGUACCACGUGGUCCGGAUACCCUAUUUGCUAGCCCAGACCCAGGUCAUCACUCCAGACUGCCAGACCAAGAGGCACCUUUUCCUGGCCAAGGUGUCCACGUUACUGCUGGUGGUGCUGCACCUCUGCCUGGACCCUGUGCUCUACUACUACUUCUCCAAGGUAGGUCAGGGAGGUGUUCAGGAGCAGGAGGAGCAGGCGGGAUUCGAACACCAAUCCAACCCCUGACCCUGCAGCUGAAGACUUGAAGCUGCAGCCAAUAACUGCCAAGGAGUAGGAGAGAGAGAGGGGGUGACAGAGAGAAAGAAACAGAUAGACUGGGAGAGAGAGACACAGAGACUGAGAGAGAAAGAAACAGAGAGAGAAAGAGCGAAUGACCACCUUUAGAAAAAUUUGGUUUUACAAACCACUUUCCAAUAGAGUAGCCUAUAGGCCUAGACAAAAAUGUAAUGUUUUCUUCACAGUGAGGUGUUUUAUGCAGUCCUAUGAUGUUGUGACGUUAUGAUUGCAUUGUUUUACAUUUCAUUGUUGCAUGAUCACAUUGAAUAAAAGUAACAGAUGACUGUU